GUGUAUAGUAGCUAAAGAAAGAGAUGGUAGAGAAAACUGUACAGAGAAUGAAGGAAGAGGGUGGUAAAUGAUAAAUAGCAGAGAUGGAAAAAGCAUGAGAGAGAGAGAAAGAGUAGAGACCACAGAACGGAUGUUUGAGAGAAGGGGAAUAAAUGAUGCCCAACCCCCCCCCACCCCCCUCUCUCCCUCCUCUCUCCUCUCCCCUCUCUCACUCUCUGCUCUCCCCCCUCUCUCAGUCUCUCUCUCUUCUCUCCCCCCUCUCUCACUCCCUCUCUCUCUCUCCGUCUUGUUGUUUCAAACAAUAGACACAGACUCCCUCCCUCUAUCACACACACACACACUCAGCAAGAGGCAGCACAGCUACACAGGAGCCCUGAGAAGAGAAUUUAAAAAAAAAAAAAACAUUACAAAAAAAAAUUCCAACAACAACAAAAAAAUUCAAACCAACAAAUAUAAAACAACAACAACAAAAAUCUAUAUAUCCAAAACCAACACCACCUUACACCUCAAGCCGUUUUAAUGCCCCACCGGCCGCCUUGUGAUGGACGUUAGGUUCUACCCUCCUGCCCCCAGCAGCGUGGGCACCUUAUCCGCAGACCCCACCUGCCUCAGCCCCCUGGACUUUUACCACUGCAACAAGUUUGAUGGGGAGAACAUGUACAUGAGUACAAAUGAAAGUAACCAGGACUAUCUUUCAUCAAAUCAGACAUAUAAUGGUCAAAACGAAAAUAAUGAAGACUAUGAGAUUCCUCCUAUCACUCCACCAAACUUGCCGGAUCCUUCCCUCCUGCACUUGGUGGACCAUGAGUCUGGAUAUCACUCACUGUGUCAUAGCCUCCCUCCAAAUAGCCUGAUACCAACUUACUCUUAUCAAAACAUGGAUCUACCUGCGAUCAUGGUGUCCAAUAUGUUGAGCCAAGAAGGACAUCUUCUUUCUUCUCAGCUCCCCACAAUACAGGAGUUGGUCCACUCAGAUGGGUCUUCCUACGACCACAACCAUCAAGUUUCACUGAUAAACCGCUCUGGAAUGCUCCCCAGCCACAUGAAUGCGCUCAGCCAAUCACAGCUGAUAUCACAAAUGGGCAUGAGGAAUGCAGUAAACCAUGGAUCCCCCUCUCCACCAGGCAGCAAAUCGGCCACACCAUCGCCAUCUAGCUCCACCCAGGAAGAGGAGCCCGAAUCUCAUUACAAGGUUGCUGGAGAGAAACGACCCUCAGCUGAUCUCGGUAAGAAGCCCAAGAAUCAGAAGAAAAAGAAGAAGAAAGACCCAAAUGAGCCACAAAAACCUGUGUCUGCGUAUGCCUUGUUCUUUAGGGACACACAAGCUGCAAUCAAGGGACAAAAUCCCAAUGCUACUUUUGGGGAUGUGUCCAAAAUUGUUGCAUCCAUGUGGGACAGCCUUGGUGAAGAACAGAAACAGGCCUAUAAGAGGAAGACAGAAGCAGCCAAGAAGGAGUAUCUAAAGGCACUUGCAGCGUACAGAGCAAGUCUGGUUUCCAAGAGCUACAAUGACCAGGGAGAAACCAAGAACGCCCAACCCAACCAGCCCUCCAAAAUGAUCCUCCCAAAGCAGUCUAUGUACAAUCUGCCUCCGCAGCCCUCCUCCCCAUACCCAGGCCUGGCCUCCUUUUUGUCCCCUGCAGACCUGCAGAGCUACCGUGGGCACCCACACCCCAGUUUAUCCAGGAGCCUCAAUGCCAAAUCCAUGUUACCCAGCAUUAGUGCCUCUCCUCCACCCCCAUUCCAGAUCAGCCCCCCACUCCACCAGCACCUGCGUCACCCUUCCAACUCCCUCCUCAACCAGUCCCUCAAUAUGCAGCAAGUAUCACAGUCCCCCAUCCUUCCACCCUCCAUGGCAAUGCAGUCCCCCAUGAGUUCAUCUCCCACAGGUCAACAGGACUUCUCACAUCUCCCUUCGGAAUUCCAAAAUAGUGUUGGUCCGCGAUCCCCAGCCACCUCUAAUCCCCCAGGAAAUACGGAGUGGGACAAUGAAUUUCCCAACAGAGAAUGCGGGAUCAGCCACUGCAAUUCUCUGCCAGGAGAUAAGUCUCUCUACCUCACCUAGAGCCACAAGCGCAACUAUAAAUGAAGGCUAAAAGAAUGAACAUUUUGGAAAGUCUACAGCACUGGACAUCUAGGGAUAGACCAAGGAAAUCACGGUCACCAAGACGCACAGACUAAAGUGGUUGGUUCUCCUCAGUCUCAGAGAACCGGUUUUGUUUGGGAAAGCGUUCUUGGUGAAAUUAGAAGCCAAACCCCCUUAAACCUAAAGAACAAAAGAGACACCUCUACUUGCCACCCUAUUGGCCACGGAACACGGGAGGAUAUAUAGUUUACAUGGGGGAAGGUACUCUUUCAGAGCUCAUCCAGCCACAUAAAAUAUGUAAAGAGGUCUGUUAAUAUUGUACAUUUUAAAUAAACACCCCCACGCCAAAAAUUAAACAAGUAAAUAAGCAAACAAGUGAUUCUUAUAAGUGGGAGCUAAAUAAAUACCUAACUAAACAAAACCUGUGCAAAUACACACAACACACAAUGUGAUAAAAUUAUGAAAAAUAUAAUUUGUUGAAUAGUUGUAAGUAGAUUUAUCAUGUGGUUUAGGACUGUGCUAAAGACAUCUUUACAAUUUUUUUCCUUUUGUGUAUAGAAAUAAAACUAGUAGCUUACUUUAUAGUAAAAGCAUUUUAUAUUAAUUGUAGCACAUUUUUUUAGUUAUACAUAGGAUGUGUAAAAAAUACUGCCAAAUUUUUGUUUUUGUUU